AUGUUUUUCGGAAGUGGUGCCUUUAAUCCAUCGGAAUUAGCAAAUUCUAUGAUUCUCAACACCGCUCAAACUCAAACUACUCCUACUACCAAUAACGAUCAACAUGUUCAUCAUCCUUUGGAUCAUCCACAAACACCUUCAUCAUCAGACAAUAAUCAUCAUCAUGAAGAAUCCAUUGGAAGGACGAGAUCAGGUGGUGGUUCACGACGAGUGAGAUUUAGUGUUCGGGUGCGAGAGGAAGGCUCAUCAUCGGGUCAUCAUCAUCAAAAUACAAAUAUAGAUUUAAUUUCUUCUCAUGAUGAUCAUCAUCAGAGGAAUGAUUCCAAUAAUGAAGAAGAAGAGGCAAACUACUCCAGUCAUCGAUCCUCUCAAUAUUCUUCCUUUACGUUACUCUUUCCGAAUACUUUAUAUCAACAUACCACACCAUCGAAAACGGAAUUUAGAAACAAGGUGAUCUUUUGUUUUGCAGGAAUGAUUUUCUUUGCAUCGAUUGGAAUACCCAUGCUCGUCUUGUGUGGAUUAUAUUUUGGUUAUAUUCGUGAUGGACCCACUUCAAUUGUUGAUGUAAAUGCAAUUACUGUGGAAAUUCCUGGUGGCUGUCGAAUUGAAGCCAUUUGGCAGAAUUGUUUUGUGAUCAAGUAUACACGAGUGUGUUAUUUUCGAGUGGGAUUUAAUCAAACUCGAAAGUUUCAAAGUAGAAAUGAGGAGAGGAGGAGAAGUGAUCGAGUGAUGAGUGGAAUGCAUUGGCAACAUUUAAAUGAGGAGCAAGUAAUUGUGGAACACCAGAACAACAAAGUUAUGAGCUUGUUGCAUGAAAGUUCUAGAAUUCGUGACCAGGAUGAAGCAGCUUCUUCGUUUUCAACUCAUGCAGGAAUGACAGGAACAUAUAAAAGCUUAAUGACUACACCAGCGUAUGACAUUACCAUUGAACCUUUUCGUUCUCUGAAAGUGAAUGAUACUGUAUUGUGUUAUUCCAAUAAGAAUGAAACUAUGGUAUCCAUUGUUGAACCGUCAUCCGAGUUGUACGAGAGAUAUUACAUGUUUGGAGUGUUCUUAGCAGUUUUUGGGUCAAUUUGUUGUGCUUGUUCUCUAUGUACGUGGGUUGCCUUAUUUUCAAGAAGUGUGUCAGAUGGCGACUCGGACUCCCAUUCUGAUGGAUAG